AGCAUUUGUUGUGUUACUUUGGCGGUGUUGCGUGCAUGCGCUGAAGCACUUCUCAAUGUUCUUGUCUGGCUGCUGUGCUUAGAUUUCGCCGCGAACUACGUCUUCAAGUUGGCACGUGUCACUGAUGGUGCACCCAACUCUUCAACCGUUACCGUGACAACGAAAUGAACCCGCCCUUCACAUCUAGCGGCAAUGAUUUAGACUUUGCAGAGGGCAUCGGGGAAGCGAACAUACGCCCGUGGACCGCCAGUGCGGCGACUGUGGCCGGAACGUUGGCAUGGCAGAUCAGGGAAAGCGCGCGCAAAUGCUCAGGAUCGUAGGCCACGACGUCGUCGGCGUCAAUUGGAGGCCGACGCGGAUCGCCGAGGACGUGCCGCAGUCUUGUAUUUGCGGCCUGUGCGGCGUCCUUCCCAACAGCACGGUCGUGCUUCCCUGUUCGCACUUUCUGUGCGAGCUGUGCAUCAGGGCCAGCGUCCAAGAUGGCGGCCGCGUGUGCCCUCUGGAUCGCGAGCCCUUCGAUGAAGAGGAGUGCGAGACGAUCCGCUUUCCGGCGAGAAAAGCGAACAGCCUGAAGGCCCACUGCUGGAACGAAGCGCAAGGAUGCGAGUUCACGGACACCGUGGAAUCCGUGCUGCGCCACUACGAGGAAGACUGCCUCUUCCACGCGGUGGAAUGUCGCCGCUGCGAAGAACGAGUCCUACAGCGAAACCUGCCGGCCCACUACCUCGGCGGUUGCGCCGUCCCCGCUGGCACGCAACAGCCGACAUCGAACGACGGUCUUUUGACGAUCGACGAGCUGAACGCAGCAUUGGCCGAGUUGAAAGCGCACAUCAGUGACUCGUUGACCGAGCUUCAAAAUCGGAGUCGAGUGAACGAACUGUUCCAACAGUCCAAAAUCCAAGGCCUGCAGUUGCUGCAGAUGACCCGCACGCUGCAAGUCUACGAGCGCGACUUGAGAACUGAGAUGCAGCGAGUGUCGGAGAGCGUGAAUUCGGCGGUCAGCCGAGACCACAACGAGCUGGUGGAACGACUCGACCGCCACACCGAGCAGCUGCUCCGGGCGAUCAGAGACUACGACGACGGCUUGAAACGCGAGAUGGAAACGAUCGCGGGCAGAGUCUCCGAGAAAGUCCACCGAGAGUUCGAAUCCAGGCAGCGGCCGAUAGCUCGUCGUUCGAGGCGAGACUCGGCGCCCGAAGUUCGUCCAGGAGGAGGAGGAGGAGGCGCAGUUCACGAGGAGGUGACCGAUUCGGGAACUUCGUCCCCGUCGAUCAAGGAGCGGGCGAUCAUCCUUCGAAAGCUGGAGGUGUUCGCCAGCGUCUCGCUCACGGCCCUCGAACACCUGCGACAAAGCGCCCCGUCGUACGACCUUCGCCCGGCCGCUUACUGCGAGCGGCUUCCGAACUUCUUGCAAUUGUUCCCGGACGAAACUCUGGCGACGUCGCAGAGAGUAGCGUUCGAAGAGAACAGGCUGGUGACGUAUCGCUUGACCGUCAGGAACGCCGACCGUCUGUUCGCGUGCCCGGACCGGCCGUCUGCUCAAGUGGUGCGCUGGCACCGGACCGACGCCUGCUUGUCGUUCGCGGUCCGAGCGAUGUCCACCUCCGACGCCCUGCUCGUGGCCGUGUCCUGCACCGGCUUUCUGCGCACGUCGCGCCUGCUUUCGCCCGUCACGAGCGUGACUAUGCUGCACGAAGAUCCCGAGAGAAACUGCGCGCUGGAAAAAUACUUCGCCGAACAGAACAGCAAGGCGGAUCGCCUGUUCAAAACUGCAGUCACGCAACACCGGGAGGGUGGCUUCAUUCGCGACGGUGAAAUGAAGUUUGACGUAGUCGUAGUCGACGAAUAGGCUGGGGCGCCUUGCUGAAGCGCUGAGUGUCUUCUGUAUGUAGCCUCGAUCCCCAUGACGCCAGGUACAGUUAACAGCAAAAGAUUGCGGGAUGCGCGAGCGCGUGGCAAAGUGACCCUCCUCCCCUUGUAGUGGUGCACCCCUGGUGUCGAGACCGACGCCUGCACGCAUGCGCGUCCCUCAGAGACUCCAAGCGUGCACGUUUUCCCGCUUCCUCUUCCGCUUCCUCCCGCCGCCACAGCGCAUAUCGCAAGAGGGCUACCUUGCGGCCACAUUCGGAUAUCGCCGGCGCGCAAGGAGGAAGCGUGGAAACAUCCACGCUUGCAGUCUCGGAGGGACGCGCAUGCGUGCAGGCGUCGGUCUCGACACCAGGGGUUCACUGCUAGAUGGGGAGGACGGUCACUUUGCCAGGCGCUAGCGCAUCUCGGAAUAUUUUGCUGUUGACUGUACACCUCGGUUUUUGCUCGCACAAAAAUAUGCACUGUUGUACGCACGCGAUGCCACUGCUCAGCCUCCUUGCUAGACGAGUGCGCCCUGUAACUGAAUUUGCGACAAAGGCUUUCCCAGCCGGGUGCAUAUGUUAUUGCGUGAAAUUUACCAGUGUCUGUAUAAGUUGUCGCCAGACGUGCAAGUGUUGUGUAUAACGCCUUUAAAAAUACAUGUUGGCCGUUCGGUGUCAGUAUGGCCAUCAAAAGUAAAUGGGCAUCUUGUGCUUUUGACAAGGACCUCCAUAAUGGCGCUAUUCCUAUGUUGAAAUUUCUCAUUUUUCAUAUUUACAAGACAAACUGCUUAGCAUGUUUUGAACGCUAAAAUCUACAAUAGGCAGUACGUACAGGCUUGUUUGCAUUGCAUUUUUGUUGACUGACGAGCGGGAAACAAUACUGGCGCUUCUCUGUAAGUAAGAAUCACGUAAUCUCCGACAAGUCUUGGUAUUGUGCUAUUUUUGCCGGAAGCCUUUCUCAUUUCAAUUCCUGUAGUUAAGCAAAUAUUGCCAGAAGGGGGACUAGAGUAUUGCUGUAUUAUUCCCGGAAGGAUUUUAUUAAUGAAGCAAUCGGCACGAACCCAUUUAUACCUUUUGCUUUUAUUGGCCUAAUAUUGAUAGAAAUCUUAUUACCGUUUCCUCAACAUUUUGAACCAUAGUAACGUGCAGUUUUUCACUGUACUGGCUGUAAAACACUGACGACUGCAAUGAUGGCAGUAAAGCAUGAAUUCUUUUUUCUA